CUCUCUCUCUCCGAGGAAGCUCUUCACUUUCUGUCAUGGAAGAAGUUCAAGAAAAGCGCCUGCAAAUUACAGAAUCAGAUCAGAUAGCCAAAGAAGCAAACUCCACAGAAUCUUCAGAAACAAUCAUCAACGAAGCAAGAAUCACCCACAAAACAAAUUACAAGAAGUGGUUUAAAAUCUCUCUCUACAUAAUCUUUCUCCUCUUAGGACAGUCAAUAGCAACCCUCCUCGGAAGACUCUACUUUGACAAAGGAGGCAAAAGCAAAUGGCUUGGAACCUUAGUCCAAUUAGCAGGCUUCCCCAUCCUCCUUCCUUAUUACAUCAUAACAGCAACCAAACAGAAAACAAACGUUUCACAACCAAAACAACCAACUCUGUCGAAACUUGCUCUUGUUUAUGUCUCAUUGGGCCUGUUCUUAGCUGCAGAUUGCUACUUGUUCUCCAUUGGCCUCAUGUACCUCCCUGUUUCCACUUAUUCCCUCAUCUCAGCCUCACAAUUGGCCUUCAAUGCCAUCUUCUCCUUCUUCCUCAACUCCCAAAAGUUCACUCCUCCAAUCAUCAACUCCCUUGUUCUUCUGACCAUCUCCUCCACCCUCCUUGUCUUUCAAACAGACUCAGAGGGCUCAGCCACUAACAUGGCCUCUAAGGCUAAAUACACCAUUGGGUUUAUCUGUACCGUCGCUGCAUCAGCAGGCUAUGGCCUGGUGCUUUCUUUAACGCAGCUGUUCUUCAACAGGGUCAUCAAAAGUGACUCGUUCAAGGCCAUUGUGGACAUGAUUGUGUUCAGGUCGUUUGUUGCCUGUUUGGCCAUUGUUGUGGGGCUUUUUGUGAGCGGAGAGUGGAGGGGUUUAAAGAGGGAGAUGGAUGAGUUUGAGUUGGGGAAAGUGUCGUAUGUUAUGACUGUGAUUUGGACUGCCAUUUUGUGGAAAGUUUAUACUGUUGGGUGUGUGGGUUUGAUAUUUGAGGUUUCUUCUCUGUUCUCGAAUGCUGUGUGCGUUCUGGGUUUGCCUAUUGUUCCUGUUGCGGCGGUGAUAUUCUUUCAUGAUGGGAUGAGUGAGCUGAAAGGCGUGGCCAUGGCGUUGGCGGUUUGGGGUUUUGUUUCCUAUGUUUAUCAGCAGUAUCUCGAUGAUUUCAAGUCCAAGAAAGUGAAGAAAGAUGGACAAAUGAGCUAGGAAUUAGGAUAAGGAGCAUAAAUGCAUUGUAAUAUUUUUAUAAUGGAAAUUAUAGAACUAUUAAAAUGAGGCUUAUUGCAAUACAAAAUUUUAACUUCUUUUUUCCUCAA